AUGGUGUUCGGAGGCCCAGCCUUUGAUCCGAAGAAGAUACCUGAUCUCGCAGGCAAGGUCAUCCUCAUCACUGGUGCCAACGGCGGCCUGGGCUAUGAGUCUCUCCUCCAUCUCGCACCGCACAAUCCGGCCAAGAUCUACCUCUGCGCGCGCUCGCAAGCCAAAUACGAUGCCGCGAUGAAAGGCAUCACGGCGGCCGUGCCCAACGCUGCCUCUAUGGUCAAAUACCUCGAACUCGACCUGACCUCGCUCGCCUCGGUCAAAUCCGCCGCGCAGACCUUCCUGAACGAGAACUCGCGGCUCGACAUCCUGAUGAACAACGCCGGCAUCAUGGCCACGCCCGCAGCCCUCACCAAGGACGGCUACGAGAUCCAAUUCGGCACCAACCACAUGGGCCACUUCCUGCUGACCAAGCUCCUCCUCCCGACGCUCCAAUCCACCGCCUCCGCCACCCCGGACGCCGACGUGCGCAUCAUCAACCUCACCAGCGACGGCCACAGCCUCGCGCCGCGCAACGCCGGCUUCGUCCCCGACGCCGUCCGCACCGACAUGCAGGACUACAGCACCUGGACGCGCUACGGCCAGAGCAAACUGGCCAACAUCCUCUUCACGCGCGAGCUGGCCAGGCGCCAUCCGGACAUCACCUCUGUCGCCAUCCAUCCCGGCGGCGUGGCCACCAACCUGGCCAACUCGUUCACCGACUCGCAUCGCUUUCUGUCGCUUCUGCUGGUGCCGGUGCUCAAGGCGAUGACGGCAAAGCCGAGCGUCGGCGCGCUCAAUCAGACCUGGGCUUGUGUCGCGCCGGUGCAGGGGAGGAAGGUGGUGGGAGGUGGCAGCGAGAAGGAGAUCAAGUCGGGUGGGUAUUAUGUCCCCGUUGCUAAGCCCGACGUGGGCAGUAAAUUCGCGAAUGAUGCGGAGCUAGCGAGGAAACUGUGGGAGUGGUCGGAGGAGGACUUGGAGAGGCAGGGCUAUUGA